AUGUUGAAGAGUAAUUAUACCCCGCCAACUGAGUUUAUAUUUGUUGGAUUCACAGAUUAUUUUCCUCUCAGAGUCGCCUUAUUUUUCAUAUUUCUCAUAGUAUAUAUACUAACUGUGGUUGGAAACGUGGGUUUAAUAAUCCUAGUUAAUACCAAUGCAAGCCUUCAAACCCCCAUGUAUUAUUUUCUCAGUAACUUGUCUUUCUUAGAUAUCAGCUAUUCCACUGCAAUUGCUCCUAAAAUGUUGGUGAAUUUCUUAGCAUCCAAGAAGAGCAUCUCUCUCUAUGGCUGUGCACUGCAAAUGUAUUUCUUUGCUUGCUUUGCUGAUGCUGAGUGCCUUAUCUUGGCAGCCAUGGCAUAUGACCGCUAUGCAGCCAUCUGUAACCCGUUGCUCUAUUCUACACUGAUGUCUAAGAAAGUCUGUGUCUGUUUUAUUGUGUUGGCAUACUGUAGCGGAAGCAUGACCUCCAUGGUACAUGUCUGUCUCACUUUCAGAUUGCCAUUUUGUGGUUCCAAUGUUGUCAAUCAUUUUUUCUGUGAUAUCCCACCUCUCCUGGCCUUAUCAUGUGCUGAUACCCAUCUCAAUGAACUUCUGCUCUUUGCCUUGUGUGGCUUCAUCCAGACCAGCACUUUCGUGAUCAUAUUUAUCUCUUAUUUCUGCAUCCUCAUGACUGUCUUGAGCAUCAAGUCCUCCGGCGGCCGAAGCAAAACUUUUUCCACUUGUGCGUCUCAUCUUGUGGCGGUCACCUUAUUCUAUGGAACACUCCUCUUCACGUACUUACGUCCCACCACCAGUUAUUCCUUAGACACGGACAAGGUAAUUGCUCUCUUCUAUACCGUUGUCUUUCCCAUGUUUAACCCAAUAAUAUAUAGCUUCAGAAAUAAGGAUGUCAAAAAUGCCCUUAAAAAACUAUUAGAAAGAAACUCGACUUUCAAAUAA